AUGGCGAAUUACUUAGCAUCUAUCUUUGGUACGGAGCAGGAUAAGGUGAACUGCUCAUUCUACUACAAAAUCGGCGCCUGCAGACACGGCGACAAAUGCUCUCGAAAACACGUCAAGCCGACGUAUUCGCAGACAGUCAUGUGUCCAAACAUGUACCAGAACCCGGCCUAUCAGCCGGGCAACACGCUGAACGAGUCGCAGAUGCAGAAUCACUUUGAUGCCUUUUACGAGGACUUUUUUUGCGAGGCGGCCAAGUUUGGGGAGGUUGAGGAGAUGGUGGUUUGUGAGAAUAACAAUGAUCAUCUAAUCGGCAACGUAUACUGCCGCUUCAAAUACGAAGAAGACGCCCAGAAAGCGUGCGACAACUUCAAUUCGAGAUGGUACGGCGGCCGACCAGUCUACUGCGAACUCAGCCCGGUGACUGAUUUCCGGGAAGCUUGCUGCCGACAGCAUGAUACGCGGGAGUGCAUGCGCGGAGGGUUUUGCAAUUUCAUUCAUUCGAAGAAGCCGUCGCCCGAUCUUUUGAACGAUCUUGAGAUUUCGCAGAUGAAGUAUCUGAAACUUCGCGGACGAGACGCGCGCUCAGUGUCGCGGUCGCCGUCGCCGGAGCCCAAGCGCAGUUUCUACUAA